UGAUGAGAUCAAAGAGCUUCCAGCAGAGUGAACUCUGUCCCAGUGCAAGACUGUGUCACAUGGACUGAGUUCAUAGACUUUGCGAUACAGUUUCAAGGACUUGGCAGAGCCGGAGAAUUGAACAUGCCCCCCGCAGCAGCAACCAAUCUAGGCUACACCCCACCAGACGGAGGCUGGGGCUGGGCUGUCGUCUUCGGCGCUUUCAUCUCCAUAGGAUUCUCGUAUGCCUUUCCCAAGUCCCUCACCAUCUAUUUCAAGGAGAUUCAGGAAUAUUUUUCAGUUUCCUACAGUGAGAUUGCCUGGGUGUCCUCAGUCAUGCUUGCUUCUAUGUAUGCAGGAGGCCCUGUCAGCAGUAUACUGGUCAAUCGCUAUGGCAGCAGACCUGUGGUUAUAGUUGGCGGGGUCAUGGUUUGCACUGGCAUGGCUCUUGCUUCUUUUGGAACUAAUAUAAUACAUCUGUACCUCUGUGUUGGAGUAAUUGGAGGUUUUGGUCUCGCCUUCAACUUGCAGCCCUCCCUGACGAUCAUAGGCACUUACUUCCACGUCAAAAGGCCCAUUGCCAAUGGACUCGCUAUGACUGGAAGUCCGGUUAUUCUCUCCACUCUGGCUCCUCUCAAUCAGUUAUUGUUUGAUUCCUUUGGUUGGAGGGGGAGCUUCCUCAUCCUGGGAUCCAUUGUUUUGAACUGCUGUGUAGCUGGUGCUUUGAUGAGACCAGUCAACAAAAGCAUACAACCGAAAACAAUAGAUGAGACAUCAAAGUGUGAAAGUGAAGCUGAGGAACACGCUGCUGCUGAAGACACUAGUACCCAUGCCGAUAACCUUCAGACUGAAGAUCAAAGUGAGAGCAAGGGUCACAGCUUUGUGCAGAAAUUCAUAGAUGUCUCACUUUUCAGACACAGGGGCUUCCUCAUUUAUCUAAUUGGUAAUGUGGUCAUGUUUUUUGCCUUUUUUGCACCUGUGGUUUUCAUGGCUCCAUAUGCCAAACAUCAAGGGAUUGAUGAAUAUUCAGCAGCUUUCUUGCUCUCCAUUUUUGCUCUGGCGGACAUGUUCAUUAGACCGACAACUGGCUUAGUUGGCAACACCAAGUGGAUUAGGCCAAGAAUACAGUAUUUUUUCAGUUUUGCUGUUACAUAUAAUGGCGUAUGUCACCUAAUGUGCCCUCUGGCGUCUGGCUAUACAGGCCUACUUGUAUAUGCUGUCUUCUUUGGUUUGGCAUUUGGGAUGGUUUCUGCACUCCUUUUUGAAGUUCUAAUGGACCUUGUUGGAGCUCCUCGUUUCUCCACUGCUGUUGGACUUGUCACCAUUAUUGAUUGUGGGCCAGUGCUUCUGGGACCUCCAAUGGCAGGUGCUUUGGUUGAUUAUUUUGGUGAUUACAAAUACAUAUAUUAUGCAUGCGGUGUAUUCAUGGUGGUUUCUGGCAUAUUUUUCUUCGUUAUGCAUUACUACAACUAUAAAAAACUGGAUGAGGAGCACAGGAAGAGCAAAGCAAUGGAGACAAGGAAUUCUGACGAGGCAGUACAACUAAAAAUGAACCAGGCUGAUAGAAUGAUGAAUGAAACAGAUGAAUGAAACAGAUGAAUGAAACAGAUGAAUGAACUUGCUGACUAUGACUUUAUUUCAGUGGAUGCAUACAAAAUGACAUUGCAAAGGCUUUUUAUGCAGUAUGUAAACGUAUAUUGUGCCUUAAAUAACAUAGUUAGAGUAGUUAGACUUUUACAUAUUUGCAGAUUCACAUUUGUUAUUUUGUAAAUGCUCAUAUUAUGUAUAUUAUCAUUAUUACAGUGUGUGACAUAUGUAACUCUCACGGAUUUGUUAAUAAAUCACCAGGAACUACCUCUAUUACCCCUUAUAAUGUAAUCCUUAUGGCUUUAUAAACUUAAGCAGUUCAUUUGGUUUCUUCAUCAAUUAAAUAAUAAUAAA